UUUUAUAAUUUCUCUUUAAUUUUUAAAUUUAAAAAAGUUUGGUUGAUUUUUUUCCUUUUGAUUUUGAUCUUUUAAUGAGAUGCGGGAUUUUAGGAAAUUUUCCGGAAAGGCUGACUCUGGGUUGUGGAUUUUGUGGACCUCUAGGGUUUCUCGAUUUCUGUUUUAAUGGUGGCUUUCUCUGUCCGCUAGGGCUUCUUUGAUCAGAACAGCAGGGGAAAAAAGAUGGGGAAACCUGGAAGAAAUGUCUCUUUUUCUGAUGCGAAUCCUGAGUUCUUCAAAGUUUAUAUUCCUGAUUUCAGCGAUCAACAUCUGCGUAUUCCACCAGCUUUUGUCAAGGAAUUCAGUGGAAAUAUACCAAACAAUGCCAUUCUCAGAGAUAUCAGAGGGAAGUAUUGUCAUGUAGAGUUGAAAGAAGUUGAAAAGGAUGUGUUUAUUAAGAAUGGUUGGCAAGAAUUUGUGAGGGGUCAUUCUGUGGAACAAGGGGACUUCUUAGUUUUCAGAUACCAUGGAAAGGCUUUGUUCGAUGUCAGCAUUUUUGGUAGAAAUGGAUGCAGAAAGGACGAAAGUUCAGAUAUUGUUACUACUGAUGAAAUUGCGAUAUGUGUGAAGAACGAAGAAGGGACUGAAGAAGAGCUGACUAUGCCUCCACAUGGUUACAAGCAGUUGCAGCUGGAAUUUGGCAUUGACAGAACUGAAAAUUCAGGUUCUCUGGAAGUAGGUCGACGUAAAUCACGAAGAAUUGCUGCAAUGAAUUCAGUGAAAUGUAUGAGGCCUGAAGCAGCAACCUUUGUCAUACCAAAGAAUCCGCAUUUUAUUACUUUCAUUGGUCGUUCAUCACGAUACAAUUUGAGGGUGUGUGAUAUCAUGGUUGCUGGUUGCAGUACAUUCCUCAACAUGUGCUGAAAAAUAAUAAUAUUAAACUAGAAGGAGAAAUGGUGAUGCGUGAUCAGAAAGAUAGGUCGUGGCCUAUGAGACUCACUACUAGAAAGGAUGGUCGACUCGCUCUUGUGAAGGGAUGGGCAAAAUUCUGGAAGGAAAACAAUCUGGGGAGGCGGGACCAGUGUGUAUUUGAGUUCAUCCUUGGCAGAGGCAGAAUUAGCAAAGAAAUACAUGUGCAGGUUAUUCGUGCUAUUAAAAUGACAAAGAACAACUGCAGGAGGUAAAAAUGGUCUGAAUCCAUGGCAUGAGAACCUUCUUUUGUCAGAACAAGUUUUUGGGAGGAAGAAAACAUGAAGUUGUUCAGGGUACAGGAGGAAACUACAUGUAAAGAUACAACAGGAGACCAUGAAUUUGAUCGUGGCUUACCCUCCUGCUUUUAGUACAAGUUUUUUAAUUUCUUGUAAUCAGAGUAUUUCAGGCUUGGCCUUAGUUGUUGAGGCAAUAGUUAUGUAAAAAUCAAACUCUAUAAUCAUGAUUUUUAGUUUUCUGUUUAUGUUUCUAACAUAACCAUUAGAGAGGUGAAAAUUUGACUAGUUGUACACC